AUGGAGGAGGACUCCAAUGUUGAAUCUGAGGUCAGCAACGCACGAUUUUCCGUCUGCAAUCUGUACGACCCUAUGCCCGAGCCGAGCUUUCAUGUAUACUGCCAUCCAGAGCAUGCUAGGGCGUCCACCAGCCAGAUCCUAGAUGUUGGUACCACUGCUAAGGUCACCACCACCCGGUUUCUUCGUAUAGAUGAAGAUCAUGAUCAGACACGCAUGAUCAUCGAUUUUCUUCAGGAGGAUGUCACAACUGCCUGA